GCAACAACUCACUGAUACGCUUUAACAUUUUUGAUCUCACGUUUUUAAUAAUUCAAACUAUUGCCUCAAUUUCUUCUCCAUGGGCAGGAAAACCGAGGCACUAAUACCUUAAGACCAACAUUUACGUGCGUGCUUGACUUGCAGGACAGCAAUCUGCUUCUUCAAGACUUCUUAGAGCCUGAAAUUUAAUCAGAGAUUGUUGGUGUAUUCUGGUUCCAGAAUGGUGACUACUCCAGAAGAUGUCAGGAAGAAGCAAACUUACACCAAUGUACAUGAGGCAGUGAAAGCUGGUGAUGUAGAACAGCUUGCAUUAAUGGUAAAACGCGGAGCCUCUAUCGAUGAGGUGGAUUUAGUCCACAAGUUCACACCGCUGCACUGUGCUGCACACUCUGGAAGCUUGGAGUGCCUUCACUGGUUGCUCUGGCAUGGCGCUGAUGUGACACGUGUGGCAGUCAGAGGCUGGACGGCAGCCCACCUUGCGGCGAUCCGCGGGCAGGAUGCUUGCAUGCAGGCUUUGUUAAUAAAUGGAGCAAACCUAGAAGCUCGAGAUGACCGUGGCUGCACUCCGUCACACCUGGCUGCAGCCCACGGGCAGUCGUACACAUUGCAAACCAUGCUGCGAAGUGGAGCGAAUGCAAACGUUGCAGACAGGAAUGACUGGAAGCCUGUUCAUUAUGCUGCUUUUCAUGGUCGCUUGGGCUGUUUGCAGCUUCUUGUUAGAUGGGGAGCAUGCAUAGAUGAUGUGGAUACUGAUGGAAACCUUCCAGCUCAUUUGGCAGCAGUGGAAGGACACCUGCAUUGCUUUAAGUUCCUGGUCAGUAAAAUGGCCAGUGUCGUGGGUGCGCUGAAAGCCAGGAAUGACCAUGGAGAGACUCCAAGGGACUUGGCUGAGCGGUUCUAUAAAGACAAUAUUCUGCAAUAUAUUGACAGUGUGGAAAAAGAGGAGGAGCAUCCAGAGACACAGGAAGUUUUAGCUUUCCCAGCCCAUGAUGCUGCUUUCAGAGGGGACUUGUUAGUACUCAGAAGAUUAGUGAGAUGUGGAGUAAUCAAUAUUAAUGAGCGGGAUGAUAAGGGAUCCACUCUCAUGCACAAAGCUGCAGGACAAGGGCACAUCCAUUGCUUACAGUGGUUGAUUGAAAUGGGAGCUGACUGUGACAUUACAGAUGAUGCUGGAGAGACUCCAAAGGAUGUAGCCAAGAGAUUUGCCCAGCUAGCAGCUGUGGAACUUUUGACCCAAAGAACUGGAGACAGUAACUCUAGUGAUGAAGAACUGGAUGCAAGCAACAUAAAAUUUUUUGAAAGACAUGGUGUGGAAGGGAGUACAGACAGCAAAGAAGACUUAAUCCUGGAUAAAGCAGAGAAAAGGGAUGCACGCAUAAGGGCCUAUCGCAGGAUUCAAGAACUUCAGCAACUUCUGGAAAUUGCCUACAGCAACUACAGACAGCUGGGAGGAAUAACUGAGGAGGAGAGGAAGAUGAAAAAACAUGAAAAGGAGGUUGAGAAGGCCGUGAGGGAGCUGGAGGCGCAGCUGGAAUCCGAGCGAGUCAGGAGGGAAAAGCUGGAGAGCCAGCUGGAUGGCUGCCGCGCCGAGAUCGGCCGCCUCAGGGAGAGCCGGGGGAGAACCCGCAGCCCUGCUGCUCUGCCUCCGGAACCCGAACCCAUCUCCAUUUCCUGCAAAGAGAAAAAGAAAGUGAAGAAGAAUCCACCCUGCAGGCAUGGAGGAGUGUUUGUGAGGCUGCGCUGAGGAAGGAGCCUCAGACACAGGGCUGGCAGGCAGAGGGUGCAGAAUGGCAGUGUCCAGUGCAAAGCACUUGUAGAGCCCAGUUCUGCAGAUGAGCUGUGGUUCAUCAAACUGCUUUCCCAGUUCUCUGGGACAGAAAAUAUUUCUAAAUCACUGCAGCAAGGAAAACAAAAACAAACAGACCAGAAAGAAAAAAAAGAGGGCUUCUCUUCAUGUCCAGGGUAGUUUAACAAGAGCUUUGCAAAUUGGAACAUUCCAAAAUUCACCUGCAGCAAUGUCAUAGGCCCUAGGCUACGAAAAAGCUAUCCUCACCUACUGGAGCUUGGUAUCACUGCCCUGAAACAGAAAAAAUAAAUAAAUAGGAAGCCCCUUACUUCAGCCAGGACCUGUGGGGUACAGACACAAAGAACAGCAUUUGGGGUAAGUCCUUGCAAAAUAGCAGCUGGAUGCCAGGCAACUGACUUUUCAUCUCUAGCCAAUCUGUGCAGGCCACAGAAUGGCUCUCAUGAAUAAUACUUUGGCUGUUUUGAUUCCAAUUAUAAAUCCUUGUGUUAUAAAGGUGAAU